CCCUCUUCUCGUAUUACCAACUGAAGACGAGCGCUGUGUCUCAAAGGGCUUCUCGGAAAGUCUUGCGUGCCUCGGAUAUACCGGCCCCUCUGAAACGCAGCAAGGUUGCUAGGUAGUCUGACCAAGGACAGUCCCCACAUCAAACUCGUCGUGCUGGUUCAAUUACACUAGGCAGCGGAGGUAAAAAGGAAUCCGGUUCUUGAACGGUCAUCUCUCGAGCAAUCAGCAGCUGAUUAACAGCUGCCCAACCGUAGCGUGGGCCGCCCUUAGCAGAGGAGACUGUCUGCGGGCCAUUAGCACAUGGUUAAAAACCGCAAGCAUGUGAUUGGAUGUUCGCCAACUUUGCUGAUUCUUUUCAGCGGUCUCUUGCUUUCGGCCGACGUCCAGGCUAAGGGCGCUUCAGGAGGUGGUAGCAGUGGUGGCGGUGGUGGGGGAGGCAGGAGCGGUGGGGGUGGCUUCUCUGGAGGCUCCAGUCGCUCAUCUAGCAGCUCCUCAACCUCCUCUUCAACCUCGAGUGCCUCGUCAGCCUCGAGCACUUCUGCCAGCAGGGCAGCACCUGCUGUUGGCUCUGCAGGGACAGCCACAAAACCGGCAUCAAACAGCUAUGUACCCAGGUCUUACAGCGGGCCCACUCGGACAGCAGCCAAUGGGGCCAUCGCGCCAGUCACCCCCCUGACUGGCUACCGGCCCACAGGGGCCGCCGCGUAUCGCCUGCCAGCUUACUCAUCGUCUGCCUACUCCUACUCGAGGAACCGCCCGUUCCUGCACUCGUACCCUUUCGGCUACUCGCUGCUGUUCAUCCCCCUGUACUCAGCCGCGUACACAGGCAACCACUGGGCAGUCUACAAUGAACAAGGCCAGUUUUGGGGCUACGAUGAUGGCGACAUCACAGGGGGUGACUACGACUAUGACUCGGGCGAUGGCCUGCCGUCCGGCUGCCAGCUCAGCAGCCCCCAGGAAGCUUCCUCCGCCGGCGUGCUUGAUUUGGCCGCGCCGGCCCCGGCGCCAACUCUGGCGCUGGCUCCCGGGAACGGCACUGCAUUUGCACCGGCCCCAGCUCCCGCCACUUCUGGCAACCGCACCCGGCAGCUUCUGUGCAAGCCGCUGGCAGCUGCCGUGCAGCAGCAGCAGCCCUACUGGACCAGGGGAAAGAUCGCUGCUAUCGUGAUCUGCAGCAUUUUCGCGCUAGUGCUUCUGCUGGUUAUUCUGUUCUGCUGCGUCCCGGCUUGCUCCAGGUAUCGGCGCAGACGACAGUCCGAGACCCAGAUGACAGCGCAGAAGCCGCAGGAGCAGCAGGGCUAUAAUUAUGGUACUGGGAUCAAUGACUCAAAAUGCAAGGUGUGAACCUGCAGGAGCCACAGUACUAUGAUUAUGGGAUCAAUGACUCUAAAUGCAAGGUGUGAACUGGCGCAUGAUUGGAGCGCCAUUGUACAGACCCCCUCAUUUUGGUGGUGCCCCCCUGACAUUUUUGGGAGUGUGAGCCUUGCUGGCGGAUUGUUUGGACAAAUGCGAUUGGAUGCACAUACUUAAUGCUGUGGAAGAGGAUUGUCGAAGUAUGGCUUUAUUGUACAGAUUGAAGAAGCCCCUUCGGUGAUCUUGAAGCUAUAUUGCAAGAUGGCAGUACACUGACUUGAGUACUCUCUGAUUGCGAGGCCCUGCAGAACGCAUUCGCUCCUGUGAAUUGAGUGAAGUACCAGCAACGCAUGUGUCCUGAUGACUAUUGAGCUGACGAGGGUUGCCACACUUUGUAUAGAUUCUGUAAAACAGAAUGACGAUGC